AAAGGUCUUUUUAUCCCUGCUUGGCUGAAAAAACAAUUUAAGGAAAACAAUAUGAAAAAUUUAUACAUAGAUGGGGAGCAGGGAAAAAGAGGUUCCUACAUUCCUUCAUGGCUUCAAAAGAAAAUUCAGGCGCAGAAAUCAUCAACUGCAGAAACAAUAACAAAUCUUAAGAGUGAUCAAGCAAAGUUUGAUUAUUUCAAAAAGUUCCUGGACCAAUAUAUUUCUAAAAUUAAAGAAAAGGUUCCGGCGUCAAGCGGAGGACUGAAGUUGGAUGAGGUGUCAAAAAUAAGUUUAAUCGGCAAAAGGUCAAGGUCGGCUGAAUUUGAAGACUUUGUUGGACCAAAUGACGAUGGAUUAUCUUUGUUUAAUGGAGUGUUUGAGCUUAAUGGAAAACCUGAUGGAGAUUUAGAAUAUGGUGAUGAAGAUUCAGCAAGAAUUAUGGAAGAUGAAAAGGCAGAUACUGUGGAAGAUGGAAUAGCAGAUACUGUGGAAGAUGGAAAGGCAGAUACUGUGGAAGAUGGAAUGGCAGAUACUGUGCAAGACUAUGAUUUGAUGGAUGAUGGAAAUAUAACCGAGGCCUGUGCUAACUUUAUAUCUAUGGUUGAUAAGUUCCUGAUCUUGAAAGAGAAGUUGUCAACCCAGGCUACUCCCCUGGCACAAGCUUCAAUCCGAAUAAUUGACCAUGUCAUCAAUAAGUUAAACCAGGAGCAGGAAUUUUGUGCUGACGAACUUCACCUUGAAAGGUUAUUUUAGAUAAUGCCAACUCUGAUAAUUACCCGGUCCCACGAGGAGAAAUUGGACCUGAUAAUUAAUCACCGUGUUUAUAGUUUAGAACUAAGUAAAUAAUUAUAAUUUAAAAUCUGUGAUUAUUUAAAAUUAAGUCUAUUCAAAUACAAAUAAAUUA